GUUGCAAUUGACAGCCACAAUGGUUCAUCGUAGGAUUAUACAUUCUAUGAUCUGGUGGUUGCUGUGGUUCCCGGCGUGUUUCCCGGCCCAGAGAUUGCUGCCUAGUCAGUAUGCACCGUCAUUUACCCGCGGUUCCGAAAGGUUGAUCUCGAUUACACCGUUCGUGAGGGUACCAAGUACGGUCGCAAGGCCGGCAUUUUCCACGAACGUUGUCAAUAGAGACGUCGACAAGCAGGAGUCCGUAAUCUUCAAUAACGUGAACGGCAAAUUAAUCCAAGUGGUGAAUGGACAUUACGCCUACAUAAGUCCUGAAGGGAUCCCUGUCUCCAUUUAUUACAUCGUAGACGACAACGGGUACCGGGCUUCAUUCAAACUGGGCACUGCCGUGACAGGAUACCAACCAUUGGAAAAACCAGUCCCCGUGGAUAGGCCUUACCCAGUGCAUCCAAACAUCAUUAGAUCUGGCUAAAUUUUGCAAUUUAGGUUAAUCGACAAACAGUUUGCGUUUAAAAAGAUUUUUGUGCUCUUGGUCGCAAAUUUGGCUAUCUCGGCUUUCAGCCGAGCGAAAAUUCAGUGCAUCCGGAUUGAAUACACGUUAUGAUUGAACACAGACCAAUCAGAUUGUUUAACUAUGUCGAAUUCGGUUAGAUUUGAAUAAUAUGAUUAGUCAGUGUCCAA